AUGCCGAAAGAAUCAGAAGCAUCCGAAGACUCUGAAAAUGUUAUUGUAGUGGAUAAAAAGAAUGAAGUAAAAUUGCAGCGUUCCAUCGGUCUUGUAACCAGUAUUACUAUCAUAGUUGGGUCAAUGAUUGGCUCAGGUAUAUUUGUCAGUCCUACGGGAAUACUGAAGAAUGUCAAGAGUAUUGGAGCUAGUCUUGUUAUAUGGGUUGCGUGUGGACUCUUCAGUAUGCUUGGAGCAUAUUCCUAUGCAGAACUUGGUACAAUAAUUGAACGAUCUGGCGGUGAUUAUAUUUAUGUUUACGAAGCGUUUGGACCAUUUAUUGGCUUUUUACGACUGUGGGUAGAAGUAAUGGUUGUAAGACCUGUAUCUAUUGCUGUUGUAGCUCUAACGUUUGCUGAGUACGUUUUACAACCUGUAUAUCCAAACUGUGAGAUACCUAUGCUAUUGCUCAGUAUAUUAGCAGCUUUAUGUAUAACGUUUUUGAGUUUUGUCAACGCUUUUUCCAUCAAGUUUUCAACUAGAAUACAGGAUGUAUUCACAUUUGCGAAAUUGGCUGCUCUUAUUAUGAUUAUUGUAACUGGAUUUGUACAGAUUGGAUUCGGUCGGUAUGAUGGAUUAAAGAACCAUUUGAAGAUUCUGACUGGAGUCCUGGAUUAA